AAUCCCCCUCCCCGAUACAUUCAUUGGGACAACUUCCAUCCGCUAUUCUAUUAUACAUUACAAACUAUCAUUCUCUUUAUUACCAAUUAAACUGUUCCUUCGCAUCUUUGUUGGCUUUCCACCCAAAAAAUCAAUCUCCAACACAUCUUCAGCAAAAGCCUGGUGUUAACGUGAAUAAUCUAAAAGACGCGUUAACUGAACUUCUUAGUUGGUCAUGGUAUAGUUACCAAAAGGGUUGGGAUGCUCUAGGC